CCUCCCCUCCCACUCCACCAUUUUCAGACGCUUCCCUUCUUCUUCUUCCCAUGGCUGCCUCCGUCGAUCCUCUCGUCGUCGGCCGUGUAAUCGGCGAUGUACUCGACAUGUUUGUUCCCACCGCCACGAUGUCCGUCUACUACGGUUCCAAGCAAGUAACCAACGGCUGUGACAUUAAGCCAUCCAUCAACCCUCCAAAAGUCGCCAUCGAUGGCCUCCCAGAUCAGCUUUACACUUUGGUGAUGACAGACCCCGAUGCGCCCAGUCCCAGCGAGCCCAGCAUGCGUGAAUGGGUUCACUGGAUUGUUUCUGACAUUCCUGGAGGAACCAACCCCACUCGAGGGAAGGAACUGCUGGCUUACAUGGGGCCACGGCCACAGGUAGGCAUUCAUCGCUACAUACUGGUGCUGUUCCAACAGAAGGGUCCGCUGGGUGCGGUGCAGCAACUGGCGUCUCGGGCUAACUUCAGCACUCGGUUCUUCGCCGACCACCUCAACUUGGGACUGCCCGCCACCGUCUAUUUCAACGCCCAAAAGGAGCCCAUCAGCCGAAGGCGUUGA